AUGCGUGCUUCAGGUUCAGAGACGGAGGAUGAUUCUGAGCGGAUCGGGAAGAGGCGAUCACUGUUCCGCUGGUGGGCUGGGUCUAAGAAGGCAAAACAGGUGCACAUAGCUCUAGCCGGUCCCAACAGCAUCAGAGUCAUGUGGUCAACGUCCCGCCGCGGUACGCCGUCAUUGGUGGAAUUCGGGGUAACUUCUGGGCAAUACACCAAUAAGGCCAAGGGGAAGUCUUCCAGCUACACCUUCCUGACCUAUUCGUCGGACCAGCUGCACAGCGUAGUGCUUUCGGGCCUGCAACCCCAAUCCACCUACUACUACCGCAUCGCAGGGGAGGGACCAGAGCGGUCCUUUGUGACGCCGCCCACCGAUGCCGCUGCUGAUGUCAGCAUCGCUGUUGUGACAUUGGCCUGUCCAAGGCAGCACGCACAACCAUCAUCCGUCUCCCCAGCAGCCCCACUCCCUCACCCUCCUCUUCACUCCUCUGCAUUCCUCCACUCUCCCACCUUGCAUCCCUUCCAGGUGACAUUGCUCUCUCUAAAGAAGCUUGCACAGCCAUCACCCGACUCGCCCAGCAGCCCCACCCUCACCCUCGUCCCAGGAGACCUCUCCUACACCAACGACUUCCCUUACUCUGCCUUCCCCCUCUCAUUGCUUGCAUCCCUUCCAGGUGACAUUGGUCUCUCUAAGGCAGCCCGCACAACCAUCACGCGUCUCUCCCAGCAGCCCCACUCCCUCACCCUCGUCCCUGGCGAUCUUUCCUAUGCCAACGGCUUCCAAUCCGUGUGGGACAGGUGGCAGUCUCUGAUUGAACCAGACGCCAGCACACACCCCUGGAUGGUCGUCCCCGGAAACCACGAAGCCGAGGCACUUAGCGCGAUCAGCCCAAAGGGGUUUGAGUGGCCCGCGUUUCUUAAGCGAUCCGCUUUGCUAAACGGCGGCGCUUUCCGGGCGUAUAAGAAGCGGUGGGUCAUGCCUUCUGCUGCUAGCGGGUCGCCUUCUAAGCUGUACUACUCGUUUGAAGUAGGUGGGGCGCAUGUCAUCGUGCUCUCCUGCUACUCGCCAUUCGGUCCCGACUCCAAGCAGUUCGAAUGGCUACAGAUGGCUGGUGAUGAGAUGGCUGGUGAUGAGAUGGCUGGUGAUGAGAUGGCUGGUGGUGAGAUGGCUGGUGAUGAGAUGGCUGGUGAUGAGAUGGCUGGUGAUGAGAUGGCUGGCGAUGAGAUGGCUGGUGAUGAGAUGGCUGGUGAUGAGAUGGCUGGUGAUGAGAUGGCUGGUGAUGAGAUGGCUGGUGGUGAGAUGGCUGGUGAUGAGAUGGCUGGUGAUGAGAUGGCUGGUGAUGAGAUGGCUGGUGAUGAGAUGGCUGGUGAUUAG